GUUUGUUGAAGGGUUAACAACUCAUGUGGCGCAUGGCUCCCCCCCCCGGUCCUCCCCCGGACUUUCGACCCCUUAGUUAACUAACUAAUGGCCAGUCCAGCUGAUGAAUAAAUAAAUACCCUCCUGGCCUACCUUGUCUAGGAUUGAUCUUUUCAAACACUGGGGCUCCCUUCCUAGGAAAUCUUCUCUGCCUAGGACCGAUUGUAUAUAUAUAUACACCAAGACAAGAUGGCUGGCUCAAGAACAGAUGCCAUCCUCGAAAGCAGCACGGGCAAAUCGAUAGGGAUAGUCCAACGACUACGCCUCUUCACGCCCAGUGUGCUCUUCCUUGUCAUCUACCUCAGCACUGCCAUGUUCAACUAUGGCUACGACGUUGGCGUCUUCAGUGGGAUCCAAGCCAUGACCAGAUUCAAGGAGCGGUUUGGCACCUGCAACGCUGCGGGAGUGUGUGCCGUCAGUAGCAGCAUGUCAAGUGUCAUGAACUCCACACCGUGGAUUGGAAAGUUAAUCGGGUGCAUAGCUGGCGGCCAUAUAGCUGCCCGCUAUGGCCGCAAGAUGACUAUGCUGCUCAUUGCCGUGGCCAGUCUGGUUGGGGUGGUCCUGCAGAUCACCGCAACCACCAUCGCGCAGUUCACCGUCGGUCGUAUUAUCUGCUACGGAAUGACCGGGGUCUGUGUGCUGAAUAUUCCUUCCUACAUGGCUGAGACGAGCCCUCCCCAUCUGCGCGGGUUGAUUACCACCCAAAUGCAGAUCCAGAUUACUAUGAGCCAACUUAUUGCCUCGCUCAUCAAUUACGGAACGAAAGACAUGGUCCAUAGUGACGCUUCAUGGAGGAUUCCGAUAGGGGUGCAGUUCAUAGCCCCCGUGUUCUUGAUCGCAGGAUGGCCCUUUGUCACUGAAUCCCCCCACUGGCUUGUCUCGAAAGAUCGAAUCCAGGAUGCCCAAGCUUCACUCAAGACUCUACGGAACAGCAAUGAUGAAGACGCAAUCCACGAAGCAGUGCAAGCUAUCGUGUUACACAGAGAUAGCCAGAUCGAGGGAUCAUGGCAGGAAAUAUUCAGCGGCGUAAACAAGCGACGAACAGGAAUCGCCAUCCUCGCUAUGCUGGGCCAACAGAUUACAGGCCAAGCUUUCACCAACCAAUACGGAGUCAUAUUCUACCAGCAAGAAGGCUACACCAACAGUUUCCAACUGAACAUCAUCUCCAUGGCUAUCUCCGUCGUCACCUGUCUCUUGACGUCCAGCGUCAUUGACGGAAUCGGCCGCCGACCGUUACUCAUCAUCGGGGGAUUCCUCCAAGCCGUGUUUCUCUUCACGGUUGGUGGUCUCGGGACCAUCAGUCAUCGAUCGCAAACCCAAAAGAACAGUCUCGUGGCAAGUCUCAUGCUCUUCAGCUUCGCCUAUGCACUGUCCUGGGCUCCUCUCUCCUACGUCGUUCUCUCCGAGGCCGCCAGUCGGCGUGUCGUCGAGAAAACCAAUAUGCUGGCGAUCUCCAUCUCGGUCAUCACUGCCUUCGUGGUGUCCUUUACGGUUCCGUAUUUGAUCAAUGCCGAUUAUGCCGGCCUUGGUGCCAGAGUGGGUUUCAUCUACGGUUCAUUUGCUGUCAUCAUGGCCGUUCUUGCAUACUUCAUAAUCCCGGAAAUGAAAGGACGCAGCUUGGAGCAGCUCGAUGUUCUGUUUGAGAAAGGGAUCUCUGCAAGGAAAUUUAGGAAUGCUGUUGUGUUGGAUGGUGAGGUGAGAUUUGAAACCAAGUAUCCCAGCGAGGAAAAGAAUCCAAAUGUUUAACUAUCCAGCCCGUCCUCUUGAUGGAUAGACACUACGGCACAGAAAUUUGCCUUGAUAAUGAAGCAGUCGGCAAAAAUGAAUACUUUAAUGUAUUUAAUGGCUUGUUAAAAUCCAAAGGAGCGUAUUAUUAUUCGGCCUGUUUGGUCCUCAGAACAC